AGUUAUUAUUAUCACCUCGAGCAGAUGACAUCAACACGAGUCACCUUCGGCUCGUGCGCAUGCGCCUUACGUUGUGACUGACACUACUGUAGGCUGUUACCACAUGCUAUACACAAGUGUUUAUAUUCAUAAAUGUGUACUUAUUUAUCGUACCUGCAGAAAGGAGUUUAAAUGGCAGAUUAUUGACUGGUUCUCCAAGUCUGUUCAUUUAAACUCCUGGUAAUUUAAGUACUCGAAAGAGGAAUCCGGUUUAAAACACGGUGUAGUGGAGCGGCAUCCAUGAUUCAUUUUCCACGUGUUAUUGUGAUUUUCAUUGUCUCAUCUGAUUUUUUAUAAAUCAGACACGUGUACGUCAUUAGGUGUUAAGUUUGAGGCAUUUUUUUACAAUGGACAAUGAAAAUUCACACAGUUUGACACAUCCAGAUCUACCAGACAAAUCGAAAAAACUUUAUACAUCGGCGUAUGAAAAUUUUAUAAAAUGGCGAUCCAAGAAAGGUACCAGUUUAGCAUCAGAAAGCGUACUAUUAGAAUAUUUUACAGAACUUAAUGAAAAAUAUAAACCAUCAAGUCUUUGGGCAAUUUAUUCCAUGUUAAAAAAGACAUUAAGUAUGCAAGAAAAAAUUAACAUUAACAAUUAUAAUAAAUUAUCAAGUUUAUUGAAAAAAUUAUCUCGCGGAUUUAAAAGCACGAAAUCACGAGUUUUGUCUUCAGAAAAUAUCGAGAAAUUUAUUAAUGAAGCACCUGAUGAGGUGUAUCUAGUUACAAAAGUUGCCCUUAUAUUCGGAAUAAUGGGAGCUUGUCGGAGUCAAGAAUUAAAAAAUUGUACAAUUGACGAUAUCACUAAACAAGGAGACAUAUUUCUAGUUAAUAUACCCAAGACUAGCACUGAGAAAUCAAGGACAUUUAUAAUCACUGAGGAUUAUGCUGAGAUAGUUCAAAAAUACCUGGACCUACGAAACGUUAAUGCACCAACUAAUCGUUUUUUUUUGAAAUUCACCAACGGUAAAUGUACAAUACAAGUUGUAGGUCGGAAUAAAUUUGCUAAAAUGCCACAAGAAAUUGCCAAAUUUUUAAAACUAGAAAAUCCAGAAACUUUCACAGGCCACUGUUUUCGAAGAACUGGGGCCACUGUUGUUGCAGAUGCAGGAGCAUCAAUAAUUGAUCUCAAAAGAUUUGGUGGAUGGAAGUCAAGAAGUGUGGUAAAGGGAUACAUUAAAGAAUCUAUUCAAAAUAAACAAAAAUUAGAUGAUACUAUUGCUGAUGCAAUUAACUCUACAAAUUCUAAUAAUUCAAUUGAUAUUGAUGAAUCACCUGCAAUGAUCAUUAAAGAUUCUUACUCUGAAGAGGAAAACACAAAUAGUAACCCGUGUAGUACUGAUAAUUUAAAUGAGAAUAAAAAUACUAUUAUUAUCGAUAAGACAUCAUCUAAUACCAACUCAAAUCUUAGUUCAUAUCUCAACAACACUGACGUUCUUUCACUAAAUGGAGGACUCAAAUUUGAAAACUGCUCCGUAACUAUUAAUUACUACAAUAAAAAUUAAUUAUUAUAUUAAAUUGUUAAUUGAUAAAAUUCUAUCAAUAAAUUUAUUUUUUUAGAAAUUGAUUAUAUUCUCGAAAUUUACAAUUAAAAAAAAAGUAUUUUUCUGUUGAUUAGAAAAAAACUGAUUGUCAUAAUUUUUGAAUUAAAAAAUUUUUAUGUUGAUUUUGUUACAAUCAAUUAAAAUCCAAUAAUGGGAUAAUGUUAAUAGUUUUUUACAAUGACAAAAUAUUUAUGUUAAGUUUUGGAUAUCUAAUUAAAAGUUACUAAUGUAACAGUGAUAUUUUUAUGUUUUUAAA